ACACACACUCACGAGCCCACCUCACCACAGCAUAGUGAAACACUGAGCACACAACACAGUCGGCUAGCAUGCACAGUGUCUGUCAAGCAUCUCUGACAUUAAGGCUUUAGGUAAAAAAAACAAUGGCAGUGUAACAAUUUCCAGUUUUGAUGAAGCGUUUUAUUUCCCGCAUUGUCCUGCUGAGGGGGGUUUAUUCGAUGUCCAGCCAGAUCAAUGAGGAUGAGGACCUGUAGUGUGUGGUUUAUGUGUUCCCACGCUGACUGCUGAGGGCCGAGUGUGGGCGCUGGCCGCUCUGUUGUGCCCUGUACCCACCUGGCCAUGGGGAACACCGCCACCAAGUUCCGCAAAGCGCUGAUCAGCGGGGACGAGGCGCUGGCCUGCCACCUUUACGAGAACAACCCCCAGUUCAAGGAGGCUCUAGACCCCAAUGCCUCUUAUGGAGAGGCCUACCAGCACAACACGGCGCUGCACUAUGCCUCACGUCAUGCCAUGAGCCGCCUUAUCAGGUCCUUUCUGUUUUGCAAGGAUGGCAACCCCAACAAGCGCAACGUGCACAACGAGACGGCUCUGCACAUGCUCUGCAUGGGGCCGCAUAUCCUGCUGUGCGAGGCAACUUUGCAGCCGCGCCUCAGCUGCCCGCAGCAGGACGAGCAACGUCGUGCCGAGUGCCUGCAGAUGAUGCUCAGGUGGACAGGGGCCAAACUUGACCAGGGCGAGUAUGAGCGUGCCAAUGUCAAUGCUACUGACAACAAGAAGAGCACCUGCCUGCACUAUGCCGCUGCAGCUGGCAUGAAGAGCUGCGUGGAGCUGUUGGUGAAGAGUGAGGCAGACCUGUUUGUGGAGAACGAGGAGCAUCAGACUCCGUGUGACUGUGCAGAGAAGCAGCGUCAUAAGGAGCUGGCUCUCAGUCUGGAGUCUCAGAUGGUCUUCUCUCAGGACCCUGGAGCUCAGGAGAUAGAGGCAGAGUACGCUGCCCUGGACCGCAGAGAGCCAUAUGAGGGCCUAAAUCUUCAGGACCUACGGAGGCUGAAGGACAUGCUGAUAGUGGAGACAGCCGACAUGCUGCAGGCUCCUCUCUUCACAGCUGAGGCUCUUUUGAGAGCUCAUGACUGGGACAGAGAGAAACUUCUGGAGGCCUGGAUGUCUAAUGCAGAGAACUGCUGUCAGCGCUCUGGUGUGCAGAUGCCCACCCCUCCACCCAGUGGCUACAAUGCUUGGGACACGCUGCCGUCCCCCAGGACGCCCCGCACCACCCGCUCCACACUUACCUCCCCCGAUGAGAUAAGCCUGUCACCUGCAGAAGAGGGACUGGCACCGUGUGGAAUUUGCAUGUGCAGUAUUUCUGUUUUUGAAGAGCCUGUGGACAUGCCAUGCGGGCACGAGUUCUGCCGGGCAUGCUGGGAAGGGUUUUUGAAUGUGAAAAUCCAGGAGGGGGAAGCGCAUAAUAUCUUUUGUCCAGCCUAUGAGUGCUUCCAGCUGGUUCCAGUAGAGGUCAUAGAGAGUGUGGUUUCCAGGGAGAUGGAUAAACGCUACCUGCAGUUCGACAUUAAGGCUUUUGUGGAUAACAACCCAGCUAUCCGCUGGUGUCCCGUGGCGAGGUGUGAGAGAGCAGUUCGUCUCUCCAGACCUGGCACUACUGCCACAGAUGCCCUCAGCUUCCCUCUCCUCUCAGCUCCUGCUGUGGACUGUGGAAAGGGCCACCUCUUCUGCUGGGAGUGUCUUGGUGAGGCCCAUGAACCAUGUGACUGCCAGACAUGGAAAAUGUGGUUGCAGAAAGUCUCUGAGAUGAAGCCAGAAGAACUGGCUGGAGUAAGUGAAGCUUAUGAAGAUGCUGCCAACUGCCUGUGGUUACUCACCAACUCCAAACCAUGUGCCAACUGCAAGUCCCCUAUCCAGAAAAACGAGGGCUGCAAUCACAUGCAGUGUGCCAAGUGUAAAUAUGAUUUCUGCUGGAUUUGUCUGGAGGAGUGGAAGAAACACAGUUCCUCUACUGGAGGUUACUACCGCUGCACCCGCUACGAGGUCAUCCAGCAGGUGGAAGAGCAGUCCAAGGAGAUGACGGUGGAGGCAGAGAAGAAGCAUAAGAGCUUUCAGGAACUUGACCGCUUCAUGCACUACUACACUCGAUACAAGAACCAUGAACACAGUUACCAACUGGAGCAGCGCCUCCUGAAAACGGCCAAAGAGAAGAUGGAGCAGCUGAGUAAGGCCUUCAUCGGCCGAGAGGGCACUCCACCUGACACCAUGUUCAUUGAAGAUGGGGUUCAAGAACUUCUCAAGACCCGACGUAUCCUUAAGUGCUCUUAUCCCUAUGGUUUCUUUUUAGAACCCAAAAGCACAAAGAAAGAAAUAUUUGAACUUAUGCAGACUGACCUGGAGAUGGUGACAGAGGACCUUGCCCAGAAGGUGAACAGGCCUUACCUCCGCACCCCUCGCCAUAAGAUCAUCAGUGCUGCGUGUCUCAUCCAGCAGAAGAGAAGAGAAUUCCUGGCCUCAGUUGCACGUGGCGUGGCCCCCAACGACUCCCCCGAGGCGCCACGCCGAAGCUUUGCAGGUGGAACGUGGGAUUGGGAGUAUCUAGGAUUUGCCUCUCCUGAGAUGCUGAGGGAUCACUCAGUACUGGGAGGGAGGGAACACAGUGAGAACUUUGACAGUACAGCAGACCAGCAGCAGGAGUACUCAGACUUCCAGUAUAGACGGAGGCACAGGCAGCGGAGGAGAGGGGACCUGCUCAGCUUACACAGCCUCCGCAGCAACACCCCUGAACCCAGCGACCCCAACUCCAGCACUUUAGACCCUCAAGAAGGAAGUGGAUCAAGGAGAUAUGAUGUGACCACGGCUCUCGGCUCACUGGACGAAGAUGACCCAAACAUCCUUCUGGCUAUCCAGCUGUCCCUGCAGGAGUCCGGGCUGGCCUUGGACUCAGAGCCCCAGGACGUGCUCAGCUCUGAUGCCUCUUUGGGGGCUAUCGGUUCCUCUCUGCCUUCCAGACUAGAGCCUGUCCCUCACACUGUGGAACUUCCCCGUGCCUCGCUCAGCAGCUCAGAGCUGUUGGAGCUGGGGGACAGCCUAAUGAGGCUGGGCAACAUCAGCAGCCAGUACACGCCCGCUAACCUUCACUCCUACACUGAUGGCCCAGGUCUGGACCCCACUGCCAAUGCUAACCUGCUUGGCAACAUCAUGGCCUGGUUCCAUGACAUGAAUCCCCAAAAUAUUGCGUUGAUCCCCUCAGCCAAUGCGGACGCUAGUCCUGAUGCGCUUGCUUCUGACGAGGCGCUGAAACUGCCCCCCCAGCCACAGGAGGGGGAAAGUGAGGUAGAAAAACCUGAACAGAGUCUCCACUUUCUAAUUAAGGAAAAUGAGGAGCUGGAGAGGCCGAGCCUUUUGGAGCUGGAGUGCGUGGACGGUUCAGAGUUGCCCAAGACAGAUGCAGACUUGGAAGAGUUGCACUACAGUGUAGACCUCGGUAGCACUGCUCCUCACGAGAGUGACUGUGACUCCCAUCCACAGCCCACUGAGCUGUCCUCAGAAUGGGAGGAACAGGAGCAUCUGGUCUGAGGAAAGAGGCUAAUGCAGCUCCUUAACCUGAGUGCUCUUAAUGUGGCCAAACACUAUAUAUAGGAUCAGUUAUUGUGACGGAUACAGGAAAGGAAGUGUUCAUGCCAUGUGGUUAAACAGCAUGUCUGUGGGCGUAGUGGAGGCUGAUUAAAGGAAUACUCCAGUGUUUUUCAACCUACUGUCUAUUGGGUUAAAUAUCUUUGCUUCAGCACCUGCCCAUUGGCAUCUAAAUCCAUUAUUCAAGUAAACAGAUUUUCUGUCCUUUAACUAAGUGCAGGAAAACGUGUCAAAAUUGCUGUCCAUGGUAAGUGACCAUACGCCACAGAUGCGGCAGAGACUAGCUUGAAAAACACUUCAGCUUUCCUUUAUAGAACACAGGUAAAAGAAGAGCAUUGAGAUGAAAUAUAAGAAGGAAUGAGAAGGAGAACGCUGAAGAUGCUGAAGGUCUAAGUCUUAUGAGGAAAAAAAAAGCUCCGUUCAGGGUUGCCAUUUAAACUCUAGUGGUACCACAAAAAUAAGACACUUUUCUAAAAGCAAAUCCUUUAAAGGCUAUAAUGAAAGGAAAGUGAAUGAUACUUCUGCUCUUUUAUUUAUGUAUUUAUUUAUUUUUCGAAAGGAGAAAAAAUGCACUCAUGCAUAAAUGUGAAAGACUUGAAUUGAAAUCAGUGAAGUUUCUGAUGUCUUUAAAAUUUAAGAUGCAGUUUGCACAAUCAAGUCCUGCAUUGAUCUCAGUAAUCAAGCUCUUACAUUCUCCCACCAUCAUUCUUGUUUGCUUCAAGCAUUUACUUCAGCACACAGACCUGUGGCAUUUUCUUUAAAGACAAUUUUGCCUCAAAUGAUCUGAACCCACAUUCUGAACAGUGCCUCAGAGGCAUUCCAGUGAUUACAUUGUGCCUACUUUUGCUAAGAACUAAGAAUAUAUCCUAGGUCAUCCUUCCCGAAAGGGUUGACUGCUAAACAUUAUUAAACAUUUAUUACUGUAUUACUGUACUGUAUUAGUACUGUACUAGAAAUUACAUAAUGUCUCAUAUACAGUUGAAAUCCUUUCUAAACUUGCCACAAGAGGCCACUAGAGCUCAAUGAGAAAGGCUGGCCAGGGCUUAGGAGACUAAAGCAGAGGAAAGCUUGCUUUUUCUCUAUAUAUGCUUUACAGUUGUAUAUUUGUAUGCAAACAUUUGGGCACCCCAGGUGAAAUUACAUGGUUUGUUGAAGUGAAAAUAAGUACACCUCUGUACCCUUCAAGGAACACACUUCCGCACAUUUAAUACACAAUUACUAUUUAUUUGCUGAACGUAUUUGAGAAAAAAAGAACACAUAAAAUGUUUUUUCCAAUUUGUUAAACUCAUUUCUAGCAGAUAGAAAUUGUUCACUAUAAUUUGCAGAGAAAAUGUUCCCUGUAACAUAUUUUCACUUAGAAAAUCAACAAGGCACGUAAUUUGACUGAGAGUGUUCAAACUUUUUGCAUACAACUCUAUCAUUCAGUGUGCCUUUUUAUGUCCUUCACCUACAGAGUUGUGUGUUGCCACAUCUAUGUUUUAUUUAUAGUUUCAAACCAUCACCUCUCAUUGUAAGGAAUGCAUUCAAUUAAUGAAAUGUAAAGAGACUGCAUUUUUUGUUAGACCAGACUUUUACAAUCAAAGCAUUUUUUAGAAACAUUUUGUAUCUUCAUGGACCAACCCGAUGUUAAGCCAUUGCUUGGAUUUCUUAUACACUAGCUUGACUCCUGUGUAGAUGGACUGCAUACUCUAAAAUACAGAGUUAGAUGUUGGCAAAUAAGAGCUGCAAUGUUUUUAUGACUAAAGUGUCAUACAGUGCCAUCUACAUAUAUUAGCACCCAUUGUAAACAUGAGCAAACAGGGCUGUAAAAACAUUCUUUAUUGCUUAUCUGUCAUCUUUUGUUCAAAAUAUUAAC